GGGUGUCGGGCUUAAUAUGCUGCUGCUAUCUACAGUACUUGAGGCGCUAGUGUUUGUCUUUGUAAAAACAAAUUCUGCGAUUCCACAGAAUUAUCUUUUGACUUUGUUUUGGAUCCCUGUAAACAAUGGCUCCGGGACAGGCGGCCACACUGGACCCGAUGUGCGCACCGGGAACGCUGCCGUCACGCGGUGGAUCAGCCAUGAAUGCCCAAGCACUGCACGAACGAUACGGUCCUAACUUUGGUCCUGGAUCUACGGAAUACGGGCGAAUGGUGGAUCGUCCAGGACCUGGACGUCCCUUGGUUGUCCCUUACACACGGACUGCGGAGAUCUUGCAGUUUCCUUUUAGACUGCACUGGGAACGUAACUGGGUGUUCCGUUACAUGUUCUUCGGUUGGCUCGCCGGAUUUCCUAUUAUUUACAAGAUUCAUCAAAUGGCUAACAGCCCCGAAAACGUGCAGAAGUGGAAGGAAAUCCGAAAGAAAUGGGUUGAAGAGGCUAAAGGAAAUGUACACCAUUGAUUCAAAGAAAAUGUGCGCUACCACCCUGAUGCUGAUACUAUGAGUGAGAGUGUUUUAGUAUGUUCGGCUAGUUUUAUGAAAUACGAUGUACUUCGGUAGCGAGUAGGCGAAAAUUAAUGUAUUUGGAAAUGAUUGGUUUGAUUCGGCUUAAAUAAAGUCAUGAUAUGAAUCUGG